CCUAUCAAAUGUAUAUGACGUGGAGAUAAAGAGCUGAAAAACAAUCUCUGACAAAACCAUUAAAAACCUUUAAGAUUUGAAUGUGGAAACUCCGGUGACGUCAAUAAACGUAUUUGGUUUAAAAUCUCAAGAAGGAAUUGGUUCACGUCGGGAUGUUUAACUUUACAGACACGCAGAAAAUCGGGGCUGGUUUGGCUGGAAUGGGAGUUGCUUUCAUAUUUUUAGGCAUUCUACUUUUCUUUGACAAAGGCUUACUUGCAAUUGGAAAUUUGUUAUUCCUGGCAGGCCUAGCCUUCAUAAUAGGAAUGAAGAAGACACUUUUAUUCUUCUUCCAGCGCAACAAGAUCAAAGCUUCAUCAUUCUUCUUUUUAGGAAUUAUAAUUGUAUUUCUUGGGUGGCCAAUUAUUGGCAUGAUAGCUGAACUCUAUGGUUUUAUUCUUCUGUUUGGUGGAUUCCUGCCCAAUGCGGUGUACUAUAUCAGAAGGUUACCAGGACUCAAUAUUGUACUAAAUCUUCCAGUAAUCAGUACGAUUGUUGACAAACUGGAGUCGCAAGACGCUAGAACACGAGUAUAAUACGUGAAGAGUGUGUGUGCGUGUGUGUGUGCGAAGUUUGCAAUGCUGUUGGAAUAAAUGUCAGUGCCACUGCU